CUUUUGUAACCUCAACAUUUACAUUAAUUCUCUCAUACAUAUCUCAAAAACCCUAAGAAAAGAAACUCCUUAUUUGUUUUCCGUUUUUGCCAGUCUUUUGGAUCGAUCUCUAUAUCAAAGAUGAAGAUGGGAUCAAGUCAAAGCAUGGGAGGUUCAAAGAGAAGGGUGUCGAGCAGAGGACUUGGAGCUGUACUUAAAGAACAAAGAGCUAAGCUUUACAUCAUUCGUAGAUGUGUUGUCAUGCUUCUUUGUUGGAACGAUUGAUUUCUCUGCAGAUUCAUUCUCAAUCAUGAUAAUCAAGAUCGUCGUUAUGUAUAAAAGCGGUUUGUGGGUUGGAGAGAGACGCGUCUUGAUAUUUGGAGCUUAACCGGGUCGGUUCGCAUCCGAGUUUGAUGCCAGAUUGUGGAGGAAUCUGUUUCGAUUAGACCUCUCUACUGACUAGCAGAUUCUUGUUCUUGGGAACAAAUGUGGAAAUUUCGAUUACUUAGUGGAGAGCAAGGGCAAUACUGUAAAUAUUGACGGCAUAAUAGAAAGAGUUGACAAAAUUUUGUAAUGGCUUUUGGCUUUGUUCUAUGACAUUCGAAAAAGAAACGAUUUUACGGUUAAUGUAAAAAGGUGGUCGUUCCCGUA